CUGCUCAUACCUGUCUCUGCCAUGAGUUUUUUGCGCUAAAAAGCAAGACUUGCACUUUUGACUCGAUCCCUUGAUCCGGAGUUCUUCCCCCGCCCAUGUGUGGAGGGUGAGCUGAGCUCGUGGAGUCAGAAGAGACCGAUUUUGUCUUUAGAAAGUAGGCAAAGUGGAACAAUAGGGAAGGUGUUGAGCAGCAUGGAAAGGGUGGAUAUGGGGACAGAAGGGGUUUAGAGAGCACAGGGUGCGCGCGCGCAUCUGAAGACGGGAAAACGCAGAGGGGCGGAGGAGAGACGGCGCGUGAGGCGGUGAGUCAGGCUGAAGCAGCUCUUUAACAGCGAGAGGAAGCGGAUCAGGAGCUGAACAGGAUGAUGAUGAUGUGCUGUGUGUCAUGGCCAACGGGACCGGUGCGAUCAUGUUGAAGUGUGUGGUGGUCGGCGACGGCGCCGUCGGCAAAACUUGCCUCUUGAUGAGCUACGCCAACGACGCGUUUCCAGAGGAAUAUGUGCCCACUGUGUUUGACCAUUACGCAGUGAGUGUGACAGUUGGGGGAAAGCAGUAUCUUCUUGGGCUGUAUGACACUGCUGGUCAGGAGGACUAUGAUCGCCUCCGUCCCCUGUCUUACCCCAUGACGGACGUGUUCCUGAUUUGCUUCUCGGUAGUGAAUCCGGCAAGUUUCCAGAACGUGAGGGAGGAGUGGGUCCCUGAGCUGCAGGAGUAUGCACCCAACGUCCCCUACCUGCUCAUUGGCACUCAGAUUGAUCUGAGAGAUGACCCCAAGACCAUCACAAAGCUGAAUGAUGUGAAGGAGAAGCCCAUAGUGACAGAACAGGGGCAGAAGUUGGCAAAAGAGAUUGGUGCCUGCUGUUACGUGGAGUGCUCAGCUCUGACACAGAAAGGCUUGAAGACAGUGUUUGAUGAGGCCAUUAUCGCCAUACUGGCUCCCAAGAAAGGUGUGUUAAAGCGACGUCUCGGCCCAAGGUGCAUCAACUGCUGCCUUAUCACGUGAGCAUCCUGUCACACACCAGCUCAGGGACAAUUCGGUGUCAGAGCUACAACACGUCCCCCUACUUAAGGAGGGCGAUUUUAAAAAUCAACCAGAGCGCAACCUCUCCAUAAACAGAUGACAGAAAAAUGGAAACAUAUUCUGGAGUAGGUGAGAAAAACCACAGGUAUGAAAUAUUUUACUGCUUAGAAAACAGGAACAAAUAUUACUCUGGGAUGGAGGGAGUGAAUGAUUGAGAACAACUACAAAAAGCGUUCGCCGGCAAACUGGUGACCAAGAAGGACACUAACCAUGAAUUGGACAACACCAGAACAAGUCACACAGAAGCACAGAAAAUUAAAAACUUGCGAGGGCAAGACAAUGAAUGGCACACUACAACAAUGCUGAUGAUUGAAACCAGUCUGACUGUAUUUCCAGUUUUGCUUCUGUAGGCAUGUGUGGUCUGGAGAGAAAAAUGCAGACAGACUAAAGAGCACAACCAAACACCCCAGACAUUUACAGAAGCAAGACUUUAUUUCUCGAAAAAGGGAACCUGCAUCUGGUAACAUGGGGUUGCAAAAUGAAUGCCUUUUACAAAACAUUUCUCUUUCCAGUCUGGGUUUUUACAUCCUUUAUUUACAAGAAAGAUGAGACUGGAAUGAUCAAGUAUAUAUGUAUAAAGCCACUGCAACUAUUGAAGGAACAAAUCAUUUAAAACCUGAGGAAAAUAUACUUUCUAUUGCUGCAUUUGACCUCAGAGGAUAUGACUUUUAAAAGAGCUGGUGCAAGCAUGAGGAACUCGUAGGGUGAUGAUUUAUAACACAGCCCUUAGACGCUCAUCCAGAACAUGGCCUGUGCCUGUAAGUUCCUGUCCUUCAUUUGAGUUUGUAGGUGAGCUGUUUGCGAUGCCAGCGGAUCCAGAUCGGAGCAACUAGCAGUCCUGUCAGAAAUCCUCCUGUCGCCCCGAGGGAACAGGAAAUGGGCCACACCUAGAGGGAGGAGCGACAGAAAAGCUGGAAUCAGCAACAACCAAUCAGCUCUGUAACUGCACUCACUGGCUGCAACCAACAAGAUCACUGUGGUGUUUUAAUGGUCAACUUUCAUACUCAAAGCUUUAAACUGUUUUUGUUUUCUUUUGUAAAUGCACAUAGCUUUGAAUUUUAUGUGUAUUUUUGAGGCCUCAGCUCUGAUUUAUUUUGCAUUUUCAAAUUAUAUCAAGUACUGAAUUUACGCAUCAAUAGCUAUUUUAAAUGGAUUUUAUUGCACAGUAAAUGCAAGCAGUGAUUUGAGUGUUUUUGCAGCUUCCAAUAUUAAAUGAGUUUUUAAAAAAAUAAACAAAGCUUUAUGAAUAUUGUGGAUUAAAUACCUAGUGAGUUGCAAGUGGAAAACUCCAUGAAGUCUAUUAAAUGGUGCAAAUUAUUUUCUUAACGUAAAAAGUUACAACUCAGUGAAUAGUGAUUAAUACUUUAUGUACAUUUUAUCUGACUUGCCUCAAACUGAUGUUUGCUGAACAUAAAGUUGUUUUUUUUCAUAAAA